CUUCCUCCCUUCCCCUCGGCGCUCCCGGGAGCGCAGCGCGGACGCGAGCCGCGCCGGGCGGCUGAUCUUUGUGUGCGCCCGCGGGCCCGGCGCAAGCCUCGGGCGGCCCAACUUUGCCUCUCGGGCGAGCUCCCGAGAGGGAGUUGUGAGGCGUGGCCGGUGGAGGAGGCGCUUGGGGGGGCGUGGGGCUCCCCGGCAGGCGGGAGGCUCGCGGCGAGCCGCGCCGGACAAUGCGCUGGGCAGCUCGCCGCUGCGGCCCCUUUUAGCUGCGGGCUCGGGCGGGCCGGCGCCUCCGCGGCUAAUCGGCCCCACCUGCAAGGGGAGGGCGGGAUGCCAGCGCCAGGUGUCCCGGCGCUUUAAGGGCCCUCACAGUCAGACCUCCCCGCACGGGUUCUGGCAUUGGCACUAGUCUGCCUGGAACGCUUUUUUUGUGGGAAGCCCUUGGAGCAGCCGCGAUGGCCAGCACCAGGAGCAUUGAGCUGGAGCACUUUGAGGAACGGGACAAAAGGCCGCGGCCGGGGUCGCGGAGAGGGGCACCCAGCUCCUCUGGGGGCAGCAGCAGCUCCGGCCCUAAGGGGAACGGGCUCAUCCCCAGCCCGGCGCACAGCGCCCACUGCAGCUUCUACCGCACGCGGACCCUGCAGGCUCUCAGCUCGGAGAAGAAGGCCAAGAAGGCGCGCUUCUACCGGAACGGGGACCGCUACUUCAAGGGCCUGGUGUUUGCCAUCUCCAGCGACCGCUUCCGGUCCUUCGAUGCGCUCCUCAUAGAGCUUACCCGCUCCCUGUCGGACAAUGUGAACCUGCCCCAGGGCGUCCGCACCAUCUAUACCAUCGAUGGCAGCCGGAAGGUCACCAGCCUGGACGAGCUGCUGGAAGGUGAGAGUUACGUGUGCGCAUCCAACGAACCGUAUCGUAAAGUCGAUUACACCAAAAAUGUUAAUCCGAACUGGUCCGUAAACAUCAAGGGUGGGACAACCCGAGCCCUGGCUGCCGCCGCCUCUGUGAAAAGUGAAGUCAAAGAAAGUAAAGAUUUCAUCAAACCCAAAUUAGUGACUGUGAUUCGAAGUGGAGUGAAGCCUAGAAAAGCCGUGCGGAUCCUCCUGAAUAAAAAGACUGCUCAUUCCUUUGAGCAGGUCUUAACAGAUAUCACCGAAGCCAUUAAACUAGACUCAGGAGUAGUCAAGAGGCUCUGCACCCUGGACGGCAAGCAGGUUACUUGUCUGCAAGACUUUUUUGGUGAUGAUGACGUUUUUAUCGCAUGUGGACCUGAAAAAUUCCGUUAUGCCCAAGAUGACUUUGUCCUGGAUCACAGUGAAUGCCGUGUCCUGAAGUCAUCUUAUUCUAGAUCCUCCGCUGUUAAGUAUUCUGGAUCCAAAAGCCCUGGGCCCUCUCGACGCAGCAAAUCACCAGCUUCAGUAAAGAGGGGUGGCCACUACUCCAGUGCCUAUGCUACAGCCAAAUCCCCAGUUAAUGGAACUCCCAGCAGCCAACUUUCCACUCCUAAAUCCACGAAAUCCUCCAGUUCCUCUCCAACUAGCCCAGGAAGUUUCAGAGGAUUAAAGCAGAUUUCUGCUCACGGCAGAUCUUCUUCCAAUGUGAACGGUGGACCUGAGCUGGAUCGUUGCAUGAGUCCUGAAGGUGUGAAUGGAAACAGGUGCUCUGAAUCAGCUCUUCUUGAGAAGUACAAAAUUGGGAAGGUCAUUGGUGAUGGCAAUUUUGCAGUAGUCAAAGAGUGUAUGGACAGGUCCACAGGAAAGGAGUUUGCCCUAAAGAUUAUUGACAAAGCCAAAUGCUGUGGAAAGGAGCACCUGAUUGAGAAUGAAGUGUCAAUACUGCGCCGAGUGAAACAUCCCAAUAUCAUCAUGCUGGUGGAGGAGAUGGAAACAGCAACAGAGCUCUUUCUGGUGAUGGAAUUGGUCAAAGGUGGAGAUCUCUUUGAUGCAAUUACUUCUUCAACCAAGUACACUGAGAGAGACGGCAGCGCCAUGGUGUACAACCUCGCCAACGCCCUCAGGUAUCUCCACAGCCUCAGCAUUGUGCACAGAGACAUCAAGCCAGAGAAUCUCUUGGUGUGUGAGUAUCCCGACGGAACCAAGUCUUUGAAGCUGGGAGACUUCGGGCUCGCCACCGUGGUGGAAGGCCCUUUGUACACAGUCUGUGGCACACCAACUUACGUAGCUCCAGAAAUCAUUGCUGAAACUGGCUAUGGCCUGAAGGUGGACAUAUGGGCCGCCGGUGUGAUCACGUACAUACUUCUCUGUGGAUUCCCACCAUUCCGCAGUGAGAACAAUCUCCAGGAAGAUCUCUUUGACCAGAUCUUGGCUGGGAAGCUGGAGUUUCCAGCCCCCUACUGGGAUAACAUCACAGACUCUGCCAAGGAAUUAAUCAGUCAAAUGCUUCAGGUAAACGUCGAAGCUCGGUGUACCGCGGGACAGAUCCUGAGUCACCCCUGGGUGUCAGACGAUGCCUCCCAGGAGAAUAAUAUGCAAGCGGAGGUAACAGGUAAACUAAAACAGCACUUUAAUAAUGCGCUCCCCAAACAGAACAGCACCACCACUGGGGUCUCCGUCAUCAUGGUGAGUGGGACGCGUGGUUCUGCUGUGGGAGCCGCAGUGUGUGGCCCGACUGCUGAGCCGACACUGAAUCCUUUCAGUUCAGUGGCCGAGAGCUGCUCUCGCAUGGAAGUUGGUAGCUUCCAUGUUCCUGUUUUCACGGACGGGGGGCUGGCACGUGGAGGGCGCUUGCCUGGCCUCGCGCGGGGGCCAGCAAGGCCAGUCCCGAGGCCCGGGCGCCGCGCCACGCCUGGUUCAAGGCCUCCGAGGCAGCUGCUUCCACUCCCGCCUCCGCUUUCUCAUCCGGGGAGAGAGUCUCGAGCCCGGGUGGGAUUUUACAGUAUAGGGAAAUAACUCCCUGCCUACUCCAGGCUUCAAAAACAAAUUAUUUGAGAGAUGAAUUACUCUUUCCGACUUGGGAAAAGAAACAGCCAAAGUUAAACAAAUUUUGUUUAAAAAAAAAAAAAGUCAGUGUUUUGUAAAAGACAGUUUGGGAGUUUUUAUAAGUACAGAACAAGUAAAAAAAAUUAGUUUUUUCAGUGUUGGUAAAAUUUUACGAGAAGUCAGUAACGACGAUGGGCAUAGUUUUUCAGCCCUUUCUUUUUCUAAAAUGUUUUUUUAUAAAGCAGCUUAUCUAAAUACAUAAACACAAUAAACUAAAAUGAAAAGUUACGUUAAGUGAAACAAAAGGAAAAUGGGGCAGAAAAAAACAAAAUCGAGACGGAAGUGAGGCCGGCAUACCCCACCCCGCUGUCCGGGCCGGGGCACUUGCGGGCUUGGGGAGCCCGAGCAUCCUCCCGCCCUCUGUCCUCCCCGCCCCACUCCCAGCGGCAGGCGUGGGGCUGCCUUCCAGAGCCACGGAGUCCACUCUCUAAGGUGUGACGGGUGCCCGAGCGCCUACUUUUUGGCCUCCCAACGCCACUGGGUUCUGACAGCUGGGGACGGGCCAUCUCUACAGCCCAGGACGGGCCUCUCACCCUCUGGGAAAGGGUCUGUUUCCCGCCCAACCAGAGGAAGAACAGCUGCUUAUUCUCACAGAAUAAGAGUUCUCCAGAACCUUAUCUAGGAAGAUGCGGGGUCCAGAUGGACGCGGAAGGGAGGCCACACGCCUGCACACACCACCCACACACCCCCAGCCCCGCGGAUGUGAAACGCCCUGCCGUGUUUGCCGAGCGUCCUCCGCGUUCUUGGCACCUGCUGGUUUGGCUGUAUUUAUUUGGUGGCCGUCCCCACCCCCAGCUGCACCCCCGUCAGAAACUGUGCUCCCCCUCUCCCUCCCCAGACAAAGUCUGAGUUUGCAAACUGGCUGUUUUGACGGCCUGCAGGACUUUGGGGGUGCUCCAUGCCAGAAUGAGGGGAAGGUUCUUGAGUUGUGGUUUUUCCUAGCAUUUUAGCAGUGUUUUGCUGAGAGCCUGCGAAGUCAGACUUGUCACAGAAUUACAGCCUAAACACUUUGAAAAGAACCAUCUUGGUUGAGUCCCCAGCAUGAGAACAGUUUUGAGUGGUUCCCUCAGGAGAGCUAGCCCUGAUGGAUGGGAUGCGUGGUGUGCAGCCCGGCCACGCACUGUCGUGAGGCAGCUUCUGGAAACAUUUAGAAAAAUAAAACAUAAAAAAUUGACGUAUUCAAUGUGUAAUGAAAAACCUUAAGAGAGAUUUGUUGGAUCCAAAUGUGUGAACUGUAUUAAUUAAGCUCAUAGUCUUUUGAGAGGGAGACCCUUCACAGCCCUGUGACUGGGGCUUAGGAGAGAUUUCGGUGACUUGUAAGGGAGUCAUUGCCUGGGCCAUCUUCCGAUUCCGGGGGCUCAGAUGGGAAUCGGUGGCCGAAAGCCUGGGCCCAGCCUCCUUACGACUGGCUCUUGGCAGAGGUUCUAGAAUGACCGGCCGUUCUACCUUAUGGCCCAGCGUGAGCUCUGUUCUGGGUAAGGACACUUAGCUCCCUCAGACAGACCCACGCGGUACAGUUUACAGGCAGCAUUUUGCACUUGCUGAGGAAGGAGUUCAGCAGCCGAAUGCCAAACCCCUGGGCUUUAACAGGGCGUUUGUAUGAAUGAACAACCCUUAUUUGUAAUUCCAGUGGUGAUCGUAAAAGUUGCCUGUUGACGUGUGUCCGGCUGUCAUUUUGCGCAUGUCGGCAGGGUCCCUCUAACCCCACGUUCCCUACACAACUCUGCAGGCGGUUAGCUCUGAGGACCUGCUGAAUGUCACUGUCACAUUCAGUUCCCAAGGGAGAUAUCGGCACAGCUGGGCUCUGGCGGUGCCCAUUCUCCAUGGCCAAAAAGCCGCCUGUGACUUGUGGCUUGUCUCCAGAAGCGUGGCGGGGGGAGGGGCCCCCUGCUGCUCCUCACCCACCUCGGGACCCGUCGGGGCAUGGUUGUGUGGGGGAAGCUUGUGGCGCUGCUGUGUUGUCAUCCUCAUCCUCCUCACCAUUACUGUGUGUCCUUGGGAACAGUUUUAAAUGUUUUUAUAUUAAAAAUAACCUCAAAAUGACUCUUCCCUGGUAUUCAUAUGUCCUCAUAACUAGAGUAGGUGGGGCCAGUAUGGUUUCCUGCAGAUACUGAUAAGAGUGGACAUAGCGUAUGGAUGUUUUGAGGUUGAACCGUCAACUACGGUGUCACUGACAGGUGGAACCCUCCCUGCCUGCCGUCACCACAGUGUUCUUGCACAGUGGAGGCCUGAGGCUGCAGUGACAAAAUUAUAGGCUAGGAAUUGGCAAAUAAAGGUGAAACGAAGUUGAGUUGAUGCCGUUAUCUGCAUUUUAUUUGACAGUUUGAUUUGACAGUUUGAGAGACAACCUCAGAGUUUCGUUCUUUACCCAGUUGAGACAAUGGGGAAUCCCGCAGCAGAAUCCUGGUAUUGAACGUGCUGCGCUUAAUCAGAGCCACUCCUAACCCGGGCUGCAUGCUUGUCUCAGAGCUCUGACGCCACCCGCCAGCUCUUAGCUCCUUCCUGGCGCGGGUCUCCUGUCCCUACUGACGUCCUUUCCGCCAGCCAAGCGCGGCCCCUGGAAAACUUUCCUUUAAAACGUCUCAGCUUGCCCCGCUGCCUGCCUUCCCAGACCAGAGGCUGGCCAGGGCGCAGGAGGAGGAUUCCAGUAGUUCUCCUGCUAAGAGCCGUUUUCCACUUCGGUGGGAAAAGCAUCUUUUUGUGCAUGACAGCAUAAGACGGGUGCCUUUGGGAAGGCUUUUGCUCUCUUUCUCCUACUGUAUCUCCAAAGAUGAAUUUUUGGUCAAUUAGAUAGUAUACUGUCAGCCGGCCUUUGAGAUAAGAGAAGAUAACUUUAUUGGAUAAAGUUUGGGUUUCAGAGAGGCCUCGUGGUUUGGGAUCACACUUCAUUUUCUUUGACUGUCCUUAGCAUGCUGGGUGGCUCCUUUGUCUAUCCCGGUGGGCUCACGCCAGCCUCAGACACCGCAGGCAGGAGGCCACCUUGUGGCAGGAAAGGGAACAGUGACAGAGCGCCACACGGCAUCUUUCAGUGCAGGUUCUCGUGGACUGCUUGCUCCACUCGGGGACGAGGCUUCCUUUUAGGGGGAAAUUGGGGAACGAUCUGGGUUUCUUUCCUUAAUGUAAGAUAGACAAAACUGUUUCACUCAUGUUGCUUCUGUUUAAAGUAAGUCUAGUUUCUGUCCCCGCUUCUCUCCUGCCUUCUCUCGCCUCUCCCGCCGCCUGCAUUGCUUCUCUCUGACUAGGUCCAAGGCGACGGUAUGUACUAACUGCACUGCCAUGCUUCCUUCUGCCGCACACGUACGUGUUCUCCGGACGGGAAGAGGAAAGGAGAAAUAACGGGGCGGGGGGGGGGGGAUCGCUGUUUUCUUCUGCCCGGGAGACAUUUUGUGGUAGAAAACACCGUGCUGCCUCUGUGUUUCCUGUGUAGGGGGGUGGAGGUGGCCCCUGUGGGACUAGGAGCUUGGAAACCGAGCUCCUGACUGGGUUUUUCCACAGUUACCUCUUCCCCAGGUAAUCAGAGUUGGCCUUGGAAAUCGCUCGGUGUUCAGCUUGAGCUUGGCAGGGCCCGUGGAGAACUCCCGUUUUAUAGUUGGCACCAAGUGCCCUGAGGGCUGCCACACAAGUCGCUCUGAGGAAGCCCUGUCGUUUAUUCUUUCUUUCUCCAGAUUCUUUUUUUUUUUUUUUUUUUGGGU